CAGACAUGUGGGUUCAGGAGCACGCGCUGUCUACCACGCGAGGUCCUCAUUUUUCAAAACAAACAAAAUGGCGGCGCCUAUGAGAUGGGGUCUUCGCCAGUUGUUACGGACAAGAAAUACAGCUCACUUUAGGUUUCCAGACAAGACGUGGAGCUCCUAUCACUCACAGUGCACGACCCCGAGCUUCAGGAAGGUCCAGCCCGCCACAGGAACCACACACCUGUCAUAUCUUUUAGUAAGACGGCUCUCCAUCCAGACUCAAGACACUCCAAACCCACAAAGCUUGAAGUUUCUCCCCGGUAAACCCGUCUUAGGAAGCGGGACGCUUGACUUUCCCUCUCCGAGCUCAGCUGAAUGUUCAUCUUUGGCCAGGGAUCUGUUUGAAAUUGAAGGAGUAAAGAGUGUGUUCUUUGGCCCUGACUUCAUCACAGUCACUAAAACAGAUGAGGAUGUGGAAUGGACGGACAUUAAGCGUCAUGCUUCGGAGGCCAUUGCUAAGUUCCUUGAGAGCGGUGAUCCGAUAACAACAGGGGCAGUGUACCAUGAAAGCAGUCUUUCUGAAGAUGAUGAUGAUAUUGUGUCCAUGAUAAAGGAACUUCUGGACAACAGAAUCAGACCUACAGUGCAGGAAGAUGGAGGCGAUGUCAUCUUUAAGGGGUUUGACGAUGGCACAGUCAAGCUGAAGCUGGUUGGUUCGUGCACAGGGUGUCCCAGCUCCACAGUUACCCUGAAAAACGGCAUUCAGAACAUGCUGCAGUUUUAUAUCCCUGAAGUAGACAACGUGGAACAGGUGGAAGAUGAAGUGGAUGAAAUAAACGCAAAGGUUUUCUCAGAGGUGGAACGCAAAUUACAAGAAUAAAAGUUUCAUCGACCAACACGCUUUGGAAAUAAAAUAUGUUCCACUUUGUGAAAAAAAA